UUUUUUUAGUUUUAUAAAACUUUAUUUAACCUUAAUGUUUAUUUCAUUUUGUAGCUUCCAAACAAAUCGAUGAUGGGUCACUUAUCUGUCAAAGCUUCAUGCCAUAAAUUGCAUGAAGUUUUGAGUCGCUUGCACAGACCCGUGCGCGAUCUGUUUUCAACAACUAGCUUUGGUUACUAGUUGGACUUACCAGCUCAGUCCGGAGAUGGACUUCUUAUUCAUGGGCUAUUACUGCAUAUGUUGCGUCCUACUGCUGAAACGGACGCAGCUGAACGCUUAUAUUUUAGGUUUCUAGACGUACGCUAUCAUUUGGGCUGGAGGAGUUUUGUCUGGUGACCAGACUUUACAUGGGUCGGUGUCCUAACUCAAGGAUCGAAUUUUCAACCAUGUAUAAACACGGUUAUGGUGAUAAUACAUUUCAGUCCAGAGUCUUCCCAUAUCGCACAGACACUUCUUUAGUUGUAGAAGAUUUAGAGCUCCUUAUCUUGAAUCAACGGUUCAAUGACAUAUCGGCUCAAGACGAUGUUCGUGUCAUUUUGCUGUAUAUCCUUAAUCAAGGUUUUUUUUGGGAAAGGAGCUUAAUGAAAAAGUCACUAAGGAAUAUUUGUGGGUGGUGGAGAACCUGGAUCAAUGGAACAGUUAUUGCUAACUCUUAUAAAUUAACUUAUAUUUAUUACAAGAUAUGGAUAUGGGAGAUGUUUCCAUCAAUCCGGGGAAAUGGUGCGAUACGACAAAAUUAUUUAUAUCCGUGUAUAUUGCGCUGGUUUCAUAUUAAGAGGUUAACUUGGGAAAAAGUCUGCGAUCUUUUCGAUGUUGAUCAGGACGAAGCACAUCAAUCGAAAAGAAAGAUGAUUGCCUCAGAUGUCGAGGCCUCUACUCCACAUUAUCUGUCAUAUAUUUCUAGUCUAAAUUGUGAAUUGUCUGAAGCCCCAUCUUCUCUACGCUACAACUUUAGAAAUGAUGGGGCAUCUUCGUCAAAAACAAGCUGGGGAAACAGCCAAUCUUCCAAAUCUACCGAGCGAACUCAUACGGUGAAAAUUACCAAAAAGACCGCGCGAGAAAUAAUGGCAAGACUUGAAUCUUUGGAGGAAGAAAUCCGAGGAAUGAAAAAUAAAGGUGGUACUCGAGACGGUGAUGAUUUGGAACAGUUUUUUAAUGACGCUUUUGAUGGGAAUGAGGAUGUGGUAUAUAGUCCACAAAAAUCAAAUCCAGUUAACGAAGAUGAUCAAGUUGAAGAAGAAAAAAAGGAGGUUGUUGCUAGGGACAUUGUGGAUGCGGAAAAUCAUAUACCCAUACCUAUUGUUAAAGAAGGUCGUCCGGUUAGGCAAUUGAAACCUUCUCAAUAUUUUAGUUGUCCUUACGUUUCGCAUGUUGACCUAUGGGGAGGGCUUUUGAAUGACCGGAGACCGAACGAUGCUCGAUGGACAAUCAUGUCAUCGUCAUUUUUUGGUGGGUUUGAGAUGUUCCGGUGGGCUGGAAGUGCAACGAGAAAUCCGUUUGAUCCAUUGGAUGGAUGUAAAUCUUGGCUGGAAGUUGACCGUGUUUACGUCCAGUGUUUCUUGGCCUACCCGGCUAAUGUCUCUCCAUUAUGGGUGGCUUCACGAUCAUCACAUCAUCGGGUAUCUCCCACUCAGAUGAACUUGGUAAGUGGUUCACAGAAUCCUCGUAAGUUUUCUUAA